AUUGAGCACUGUGUUUGACAUGUAUGCCUAAGGAAAGGAGCUCCCCGAUGGAUCAUGGCGUUAAUGUUUACAGGACAUUUCUUAUUUUUACUGUUAGUGAUGUUUGCUUUCUCUACUUUUGAAGAAUCUGUGAGCAAUUACUCUGACUGGGCAGUUUUCCCAGAUGACAUAGAUCAGCUUAAGACACAGAAAGUGCAAGAUUUCAGACCCAACCAAAAGCUGAAGAAAACUAUGCUUCAUCCACAUUUAUAUUUUGAUGCUGGAGAGAUCCAAGCAAUGAGGCAAAAGUCUCGCACAAGCCAUUUGCAUCUUUUUAGAGCUAUCAGAAGUGCAGUGAUGGUUAUGCUGUCCAACCCAACAUACUACCUACCUCCACCCAAGCAUGCUGAUUUUGCUGCCAAGUGGAAUGAAAUUUAUGGUAACAAUCUGCCCCCUUUAGCACUGUACUGUUUGUUAUGCCCAGAAGACAAAGUUGCCUUUGAAUUUGUUUUGGAAUAUAUGGACAGGAUGGUGGGCUACAAAGACUGGCUGGUGGAGAAUGCACCAGGGGAUGAGGUUCCAGUUGGCCAUUCCUUAACAGGUUUUGCCACUGCCUUUGACUUUUUAUAUAACUUAUUAGAUGAUCAUCGAAGGCAAAAAUACCUAGAAAAAAUAUGGGUUAUUACUGAGGAAAUGUAUGAGUAUUCCAAGGUCCGCUCAUGGGGCAAACAACUUCUUCAUAACCACCAAGCUACUAAUAUGAUAGCGUUACUCACUGGGGCCUUGGUGACUGGGGUGGAUAAAGGAUCUAAAGUAAAUCUAUGGAAACAGGUUGUAGUAGAUGUGAUGGAAAAGAUGAUGUUUCUGUUGAAUCAUAUUGUCGAUGGUACUUUGGAUGAAGGUGUUGCCUAUGGAAGCUACACGGCUAAGUCAGUCACACAGUAUGUUUUUCUGGCCCAGCGCCAUUUUAAUAUCAACAACUUGGAUAAUAACUGGUUAAAAAUGCACUUUUGGUUCUAUUACGCCACCCUCUUGCCAGGCUUCCAAAGAACUGUGGGUAUAGCAGAUUCCAAUUAUAAUUGGUUUUAUGGUCCCGAGAGCCAGUUAGUUUUUUUGGAUAAGUUUGUCUUAAAGAACGGAGCUGGCAAUUGGUUAGCUCAGCAAAUCAGAAGGCACCGGCCUAAAGAUGGACCGAUGGUCCCCUCCACUGCCCAGAGAUGGAGUACUCUUCACACUGAAUACAUCUGGUAUGAUCCCCAGCUCACCCCACGGCCUCCUGCGGAAUAUGGUACUGCAAAAAUGCACACGUUCCCUAACUGGGGUGUUGUCACUUAUGGGGCUGGGUUGCCAAACACACAGACCAAUACCUUUGUGUCUUUUAAAUCUGGGAAGCUAGGAGGGCGAGCUGUCUAUGACAUAGUUCACUUCCAGCCAUACUCCUGGAUUGAUGGGUGGAGAAGCUUUAACCCAGGACAUGAACAUCCAGAUCAGAACUCAUUCACUUUUGCCCCCAAUGGGCAGGUAUUUGUUUCCGAAGCUCUCUAUGGACCCAAGUUGAGCCACCUUAACAACGUACUGGUGUUUGCGCCAUCACCCACAAGCCAAUGUAAUAAGCCCUGGGAAGGCCAGCUGGGAGAAUGUGCACAGUGGCUUAAGUGGACCGGCGAGGAGGUUGGUGAUGCAGCGGGGGAAAUCAUUACUGCCUCUCAACAUGGGGACAUGGUAUUUGUGAGUGGGGAAGCAGUGUCAGCUUAUUCCUCAGCAAUGAAGCUGAAAAGUGUGUAUCGGGCUUUGCUUCUCUUAAACUCUCAGACUCUGCUAGUUGUUGAUCAUGUCGAGAGACAAGAAGAUUCCCCAAUAAAAUCUGUCAGUGCCUUCUUCCAUAAUCUGGAUAUUGAUUUUAAGUACAUCCCAUAUAGGUUCAUGAACAGGUAUAACGGCGCCAUGAUGGAUGUGUGGGAUGCACAUUACAAAAUGUUUUGGUUUGAUCAUCGUGGCAGUAGCCCCAUUGCUAGUAUACAGGAAGCAGAGCAAGCCGCUGAAUUUAAGAAACGGUGGACUCAAUUUGUUAAUGUUACAUUUCAGAUGGAAUCCACAAUCACAAGAAUCGUAUAUGUCUUUUAUGGGCCAUAUGUCAAUGUUUCCAGCUGCAGAUUUAUUGAUAAUUCCAAUUCUGGACUUCAGAUUUCUCUCAAUGUCAAUAAUACUGAACACGUUGUUUCCAUUGUAACUGACUACCACAACUUGAAAACAAGGUUCGAUUACCUGGGAUUUGGCGGCUUUGCCAGCGUGGCUGAUCAGGUCCAAAUAACCCGAUUUGGUUUGGGCACUCAAGCCAUAGUGAAGCCCGUAAGACGUGACAGAGUGAUUUUUCCCUUUGGAUUUAAAUUUAAUGUAGCAGUUGGGUUGAUUUUGUGCGUCAGCUUGGUGAUCUUAACUUUUCAGUGGCGGUUUUACCUUUCUUUUAGAAAGCUAAUGCGGUGGAUCCUCACCCUUGUUAUUGCCUUGUGGUUCGUUGAGCUGGUGGAUGUGUGGAGCACUUGCACUCAGCCCAUCUGUGCAAAGUGGGCGAGGCCAGAGGCCGAAGCGAGCCCAAAGCCUGUGUCUCCCCAAGGGCACCGCAUCGAUCUUCCUGACAUCGUCAUUACCUCACUUCCUGGCUCAGGAGCUGAAAUUCUCAAACAACUCUUCUUCAACAGCAGUGACUUUCUCUACAUCAGGGUUCCCACAGCCUACAUUGACAUCCCUGAAACUGACUUUGAGAUCGACUCCUUUGUGGAUGCCUGUGAAUGGAAGGCGUCGGAUGUCCAUGGUGUGCAUUUCCGUUUACUCCGAGGCUGGUUGCAGUCCUUGGUCCAAGACACAAAACUCCAUUUGCAAAACAUCCAUCUGCACGAACCCGGCAGGGGUAAACUGGCCCAAUAUUUUACCACGAAUAAGGACAAAAAAAGGAAGUUGAAAAGGAGAGAGUCUUUGCCAGAACAAAGAAGCAGAAUGAAAGGCGCCUUUGAUAGAGACGCUGAAUACAUUCGGGCUCUGAGAAGACACCUGGUCCAUUACCCCAGCGCGCGGCCUGUGCUCAGCCUGAACAGUGGGAGCUGGACCUUAAAGCUGCAUUUCUUCCACGAAGUUUUAGGAGCUUCGAUGAGGGCCUUGUACGUGGUGAGGGACCCUCGGGCGUGGAUUUAUUCGAUGCUGUACAGUAGUAAACCAAGUCUUUACUCUUUGAAGAAUGUACCAGAGCACUUAGCUAAAUUGUUUAAAAUAGAGGGAGGUAAAGGCAAAUGUAACUUAAAUUCGGGCUAUGCUUCCGAGUAUGAAUCAUUGAGGAAAGAAUUAUCAAAAUCCAAGCCACACGCAGUGUCUCUGCUGGCUCACGUGUGGCUAGCAAACACUGCAGCAGCCUUGAGGAUAAACACAGACCUGCUGCCUACCAGCUACCAGAUGAUCAAGUUUGAAGAUAUUGUGCAUUUUCCUCAGAAAACCACUGAAAGGAUUUUUGCCUUUCUUGGAAUUCCUUUGUCUCCUGCUAGUUUAAACCAAAUAUUGUUUGCCACCUCCACGAACCUUUUCUAUCUUCCCUAUGAAGGGGAAAUAUCACCAACUAAUACUAAUGUUUGGAAACAGAACUUGCCUAGAGAUGAAAUUAAACUGAUUGAAAACAUCUGCUGGACACUGAUGGAUCGUCUAGGAUAUCCAAAGUUUAUGGACUAAAUGCUGCAGCGUGAAAGCAGACUGACCACUCCCCCCCCCAACCCCAUCUGCUUCCUCUCGUAGCUUUCCCUGCUUUCUCUUUACAGUGUCAAAAUGAAUGAAAAUCCUAUUAAUACAGGUUGAGAGGGCAACUGAAGACCUGAAUCCACACUAUUACUCUCAAGGAAGAUUAUUCGUCCUAUCUCAGGGUUAUCAACAAGCAUGUAACAUUUCUACAUGGAUGAUAACACUGUUUCCAUUAUUGGUCAGAGUCUCGGUGUUUGCUUUCAAUUCCCAGGAUGUGUGAUCUUAAAUCAGAUCAAAUAAAAAGGCUCUGGGUUGCAAGUAAUAUUAGGCCUGAUCAAGGUAAGAAUUACAAACGUGUGCAAGUAACAGCAGAGAAGACAGAAACUGUACCACUGCCUUUCCUUUAACUUUGUACAGAAACAUGCCCACAGGCAGAAGAGAGCCAGGGUGAGUAUAUGGAGCAGGUGGGGGGGAGAAAAUGGAAAAGAAAGAGCAGUUCUGUGAAUGGAUACGGGAACAAUAUGGGAAUAUCUUAUGUAUAGCUAAAGAAAGGAACACACUUAAGAUGAUCUUCACAGUGUAUCUUAACUUUUACAGCAUAGCAAGGUCAAGGUGAAUUUCCUUGUCCACUCAUCCACUCCCACCCCAAGGGAAACUUAGCUGGAGGAGAAGACUUCUAUUCACAGGUUCUAUUUCUGAGCAAUGUUUUACACGGGUGAGGGACGGCCCAGCCGUUGCAUAUGCGUCCAUUUGUUCAUGCUUGGGAGCCCCUGCCUUAUAAUCUCAAUUAUAAUCUCAGAACGUCUAAGUCCUACAUUCCUAGGGUGUUAUCCUGGGAAGAAAUGUGAAUAGACUCUACACUUAUUUUUAUUCUGAUCGUCUUGAAAAUAAUUAAAACAACGAUUAUCACUGUGUGACACUUCCAAAGGAAACACUUUAAAAAAUGUCUUUUCCAUAAAAUCAAUUCCUUUCCUCAUUAACUUCCCCAAACUUAGGCCCAACUGGAAUUAAAGCUUCUAUUAAAAUAAUAUCAUUGAAAUGUUGAAAUUUUGAAAGAAUGUGUCCGUUUUGCUGACAAAAGUAACAUAAAUAUAGUGGUAAUGUUGAUCUAGUUUUCAAAAGUUUGAAAUAAUGCAAAUUACUCACUUAGGAUGAAAUAGGCCAUAUCCAGAGAUGAAUUUACUGUAAUGACAAUUCCAGAAAGGAAGGAAAGGGGAGAAUCUGUUCAGGAGAAAGAAGAUAAAUCUAUGAUUAUACUUAAAUUUAAUCUUUAGAAACCCAGAAAGGCAUGAGUUUUAGGCAGGUGGCACAACAACUCAUACACACUCAGCCUAAACCCUCAAUAUUAGACAUUUGAUUGGCUGGCGUUUUGGACAAACAGAAGACGUAGCACUGUAAGUGGCCUGGCAAGAAUGGGAUAAUUAUUUAUGUCCAGUACCCAGCCAUGGCAUGGGAUCUGGCACAGAUAUCUUCAUAUUUGAAGAAAAACCUCUCUCCACACACACACUAGUUAUGUUUAAUUUUCUUUCCCUUUUGUGGAAACGCCACCCCUUCUGUCUGCCAGUGACUUUUGAUUGGUGUCAUUUAUCAGCAGAGUUUGGUCAUCAUAGAUCCUAGACGUUCUUGAUAUAAAGUCUACCACAUUCAGUUAUCUAUAAGUAAACAUUAACAGUGGUUUUAGAAUCUGUUUGAUUGACUUAACUCUGAUCAUAAUUACAAAAAAUCACUAAUUUAGCAAAAAAUGUGAAUAGAAGGCAGUAUGUUAUACCACCACUUACAGACGUAAGGGAGCCUAAUCUAAGACAGAUCAAGGAAUUUAAUAUGCGGGCUACCUACUGCUUAUUUAAAUGAAAACCAAAGUAUGUCAAAAUAGCUGCUAAGGCAGUGUUUACAGUACUUGACUAAUAUCUCUAUUUCCCUUCAUGUUGGCAGAAAAAUCCAAAUAAUAUUUUAAGAACUAAACUGAAUUUUUUUUUUUUGCACAAAGGAUGGUAGGAACAUCAAACAGUAGAUUCUCACAUUCUCUAGUUAACUUGUAGCUGCUUUAGCUAUAAUUUACAUGAGCUUGUGUUUAGUCCAAGUAACAUGUUUAAUUCUAUUUCCAAAGAUAGGUUCGGCUAAGCCUUCCACACUGUGGGGGUUUUGCUUUUGUUUUUGAUUUUCGUUUUUCUUUCACACCUGUCCAGUUAUGCAGCAAAGAAAACCUGUACUGAAGAUCAUUUAUGAAGUUUAUUCAAGCUAUAUGUAAUAACACAACUCCUCUAUUAAUAAACAAA